UUCAAAGGUCCAGUGAUUACCCCACAUUUGCCUUAAGCUGCAUUAGCUGACCGGCCCUUUCUGCACUGAGAGGCUAAAAUAUGGCAUCCUCAAGGCUGGGUCUCCGUUUGGCUGUCUGUUUGUUGAACAUUUCUGAAGCUAGGCAGCAAGACAUUGUGGAAAGGAUUGCUAAAGCUGCCCUCUGUAAUAAGGCAGGUCAGGAGCAAACACAAACAUCUGUGCUGAACAUAUUUUCAGAUUAUGACUAUAACAGAUCUGUUUUAACUCUUGCUGCCCCUGUUGAAACAUUAGGUGAUUCUGUUGUGACAGCCUGCACUGAAGCAUAUAAUUUGAUUGAUAUGGAACACCAUGAUGGCAUUCAUCCUUGUCUUGGGAGCGUGGAUCUUGUUCCUAUUUACCCUCUAUCAGAGUCGGUUAGUCUGGAAGAAUGUGGCAAAGUGGCUUGUGACAUUGCAGAGACAUUAUCCCAUGAUGUACCAGGUUGCAGUAUCUUUCAUUUUGGAUAUGCAGAUCAACCUCUCAAACGAAAUCUCGUCCAACGUAGGAAAGAGGUGAACUGGUAUAAGAGGAGUAAUUUGAAUGUGAAUGAAAUAAAGCCAGAUGUUGGCGCGGUGAUUUCUCCUAGAUAUGGUUUGACAGGAAUUGGUGCCAGCCCGUAUGUCAUGAACUGCAACGUGACUAUAGACACGCAGGAUCUGACCAUUGGGCAGCAGAUUGCCAGUGCGAUCCGGGGAGCAAACGUUGGAGGCCUUUGUGGUGUUCAGGCUAUGGCCUUUCCUCAUGAGGGCACCGUGGAGAUAGCCUGCAAUGUUGAGAGCUUUACAGAUGAACCGUCAUCGUCUCUGACAGCAGAAAGAAAGGAAUAUAUUUCUUAUUUUAUUCAAGGGAAAGAAUACCUAUACUUCUCUCCAAGAUACUUAGAGAGGCAGAUUAAAAAAUUAGCUACCAGCCAUGGAGUUAUCACAGUUGGUACAGCACUGGUUGGAUUCACACCUGAACGCUGCAAAAGCUUGGCAGAACAGGCUAUCCAGGAAGGAUGUGGAGAGUUCUGGAAGAAGCAUAAGACCAUUACUAUGUAGGAAAGGCAUAGGUAGGAAAAGCAUUUAUGUCAUUAAGGAAUCAUGCUUAAAGUAACAGUGGGCUGGAUUUUAGGCUCCUCUAAACCCUCUACAUGCUUUUGCCAGGGUGGUCAUGUAAAGUCAGGUGACUAGCCCACUGCCUUCCCACCCAUCCCUCAUCAAUUUCUGAAAAUACGGGGACGGAGCUGGUCUGGAAAAGGUGUCAGUCAACUCUUAGGCCCAAUGAGUGCCUUCAGUAUCAACUAUUGCUCACCCUCGGCCUUUUUAAUCCACUUCCACUGCCAUAAAGCACCUGACAGUGCUAGGUGGAGGCAGCAGUGAAAAGCCAUUUACAACUUGGUUGGAAAGGAGGGAAGGAAAGGGGUGCAUUAUCUGAGAGGUGCCCUUUUGAGCAUCAGUGGCACAACCAAGAAAAUGUUACCCUGCUUUGUUCCUCUUGGACCUGGUGUCCAAAAUCCAAACCCCAGGCAGCCCCGCUGUCAGCUCCCAAUCUCUCCCCUCUCUCGCUGGAAAACUGUAGUUUUUCGCUCAGGAGUUACUUAUAGUCUCAGCGUUGCCCAUUCCUCAAUUCCACUGUCAUUGAUAGUGCGAGAGCUGCCGGACACUCUGAUUGGCUGGAGCUCUUAGAAGUAAGAUCCCCUCUCACUUAGGCCUUGUAGAGGAUGCUAGAGCCUGUUGUGAUGCAGAACGGCCUCAUUUAAAGUCAUUUGAUUUGGAACCAUAUUUCAUUCCAGGAGGUGAGCAGUACCUCCCCAGCUCCUAUAAAAUCCAGCCCUAUAUCUGUUACCAUGUAAGCAGACUAAAUACAGACUAAUAACAGACUUCUAUACAUGGUCAUGAAUAUUUUGUAUCUCAUAAUCAUCUUCCAAGAAACUAAUCUGAUGUCAAUGAAUAGAAAGAAAUUCUUAGGCACAUAUGACAGUUAAUUGGGCACGUCAAAGAAAUUAUUGGAAAAGAAUUAAGUUCCUGUGAAACAGAAGGCAAACAACUGAAUACACAGCUUCUGCCAAUGCCCCUGUUAAUGUAGAUGAUGAGAUUGUAUGAAGAUGGUCCUGGAUGACAGGUUUAUUCAUUGAUUUACUUUUUUAGGGCAUACUUCUGUUCCUUUCCUCACAGCCUUCACUCAUAUUCUGUUACAGAUCUGCAGAUAUUGAAAGCUCCUGGUGUAUCAAGCGAAUGAGAAUUCUGCAUUUGUGAUUUUGACCUUGUUGAAUGCAGAAGGGUUAUUUCCCAUUGUGGGAGGGUCUGGGACCAAAGGACAUAAUCUCAGAAUAUGAGAUGACCCAUUUAAGACAGAAAUGAGGAGACAUUUCUUCUCGCUUAAGGUAGUGAAUCUGUGGAGUUCUUUACUGCAGUGGGCUGUAGAGGUGGGAUAUUAAAUAUAUUCAAGGCUGAGAUAGAUAGGUUUUUAAUCAGUAAGGGAAUUGAGAAUUAUGGACACAAACCAAGAAAGUGGAGUUGAGGAUUAUCAAGUCAGCCAUGAUCCCACUAAAUGAUGGGUCGAAUGGCCUAUUUGUACUCCCAUGUCUUAUGUUCUUAUAGACAAAAUGCACGGACAGAUUCACUAACUAUUUGAGGUUUUGCAGCCAAGAUCAAUCUUACCCAAGGGUGCUGUUUCCAUCAGGAGAAUAGAGAUGGUGUUAGGAAUGAGAACUGUGUCUGAUAAUUGGCCCUCCUUUUUUUGCAGGAGUCCUAAGGUCAUUUAUAGUUGACACACAGGAUUCAAACCCAGGUUUGUGUGGAUCAUUCUGCGGAAAGUGCUUCCUUAAUAGGAAAAUUUGUUUUCCACGUUUUCAAGAUAAGCUCAUAUCUGAUGACACAAUAAGAAUUAGGAGCUCUGGAGAUAGACAUACUCUUGUUCCCAAUGAGCAUAAACUAGCAUUAUGUUAUUUCUGUAUGUUGAGGUACAGUGGUAACCUAAGAAUUUUCAAGUAGAUGGCCAGGUCCAUUCUAUAAUCCCCCCAUUGUUAAAACUUAAAGCCUUUCUUGAAAAGAGGAGCAGUACUAUUAUUCAUCCAAAUAGUUCACCUCGACGAUGGCACAGGAAAAAUGCCAAUUGAAAGAGAGUCACCAAAUGUUACUAUAUUCUGGGGACAAGGAUGUCUGCUCUGUGCUGUUUAGCUGUAGGAUGAAGCAGAAAGUGGCUGAGCUGUGAUUUAGGAAGCCCAAUUUAGCAGUUUGUGAAGCUGUGUACCAAUCACAAUCUGAUUUGCUGAGCAGGCAAGCCAGAACUACCCGAGGCAUACUCUUACAGCCUCUCACUUGCUUCUGGGAACAAGAAUGGAUACACAAACAACUUUGAACUGCUAAUCAUGGUUAGUAUUCCCAUCAAUACGUAAGAACCCGUUUGACUUCAUAGGACUAUGGGCUGUUUAAGUAUUGAUAUCUUUAAUUUGUAUCUCAUACAUAUUAUUGCAUGACCUAUUAUGCUUAUUAUCUGGAGGAAGGGAGAUGAAUAAACUUCUCACUUUUUAAGUACAUCACAUGGCAGGGGAAGAGGGACGACACAAAUGAAUUACAGAAUUUGAAGCAAGUGAUGAGGAGAAUGAAACCCAUGUCAUAAAAUUGCGAGGAAAAAGUCAGAUCAUUCCUUCCCAUUCCCCAGUGGCUGCACGUGUUUGUUGCAGACAAGAUGAUUUGAUUUUUCAUUUUGUUUCAGCCAUGCAUUAGUUGGAUGAUUAAUUAACCAAUAAAUUCUUAUCCAGCCAACCUGCUUCAUGGUGUAAUGAUGCACUGCUCACGUUUCAUAAUUUUCAAUGUGAAUAUGGCAAGUACGUGUGCAAAGGGUGGGGAAAACAGAAGAACAAUUUAAGUAUUUGCAAGAAUAUUGCAAAAUGCAUCUCGCUAUUUGCAUAAUUCAUCACUGCUUUGCCUCCUGGUUGAAUAAGUGAUGUUCAUAAUCUGUAGUGCUGUCCAACAGGAUUACUUAGAGUUUGAAAAACAAUACAUGAAUGUGCAAGUAAAGUCAAUUGUAAAUAA